UGAACAAACCAAACUCUCGCGUGGUUUCAGUCAGUCAGCGGAACUCUUCUUUGUUCCGCCGUGAUAUCUGGCCGGAGAGGUUUGUGGGCGAACAGGGACCGCGCUCUCAACGUAGCUUGCCGAGAACAUGCCGAAGUUUUACUGUGACUACUGCGAUACGUACCUUACACAUGACUCGCCUUCAGUGAGGAAGACUCACUGCAGCGGUCGAAAACACAAAGAAAAUGUGAAAGAUUACUACCAGAAAUGGAUGGAAGAGCAAGCCCAGAGCUUGAUCGAUAAAACAACGGCUGCAUUCCAGCAGGGAAAGAUUCCUCCCACACCCUUCCCUGGUGGUCCUCCCCCAGCUGGACCUCCACGCCCAGGAAUGCUACCAACACCUCCAAUGGGAGGCCCUCCUAUGAUGCCCAUGAUGGGGCCUCCACCGCAUGGGAUGAUGCCCGGUGGGCCUGGAGGCAUGAGGCCGCCGAUGGGAGGACCCAUGCAGAUGAUGCCAGGACCCCCACACAUGAUGCGUCACCCUCGUCCCAUGAUGAUGCCCGUCAGGCCGGGCAUGGCGCGACCAGACAGAUAAGGCCAAGCGGACUUUGUGUUCUCGUCGUUGCCAUGAACAGAUACUGUCCAGGGAAGACACUUUUUUUUUUUUUUUUUUCUUUUUACUGCAACAUCUGGUCCUGGUCACCCACAACCUUCAUCUUGUAAUUCUGAUUUUUUUUUUUUUCUUCUAUUUUUUUUUUUUGGAUGCUUGUCUGGUAUUUAUUACUAUUCACUGGGUUUGAGUCAGUUUGAAAACCUUUUAUAAAGUCGUUUUCAGAUGUUUUUUUUAA